CCAUCAUGUUUCAGAGGAAAAGUGUGGCUAAAUAGUGUACUGCAAGGUACUGGAUGAUUCUGAUAUUACGUCCCAAAGGCCAGUUCAGACUACCAGCUUGGCUUUCUCUGUCCCCAUCCAAUAAUGUCUGUGUAACAGUACCUCAGCACAAAGCUGGUGCCUCACCUGGGAAUGAGGACGUACAGGUUGCUCUGCAAGAUAAGGUACCUCUUAACCAGCAUUAGAUCCUUCUCUCACCCUGCCAGGACACCCUUUUCCAUGAGAUUUCACAGGUCCUUCCUGAACUUACAUCCCCCAUCUAGUAGCUUCACACGGAAAAUCUCUACAAAACCUGUAAGGUCAAAGGGGAGGAAUUUGAGCCUCAGUUCUUUUAAUGUUUUUGAGGAUAUCCACACACGAACGAGAUAUGAAGUUGGAUUUGUUGAUCGAUUUUACUCGAGUUCUGGAAAGGAUGUAUUCAAAGCAGAGCCACCUAUUGGGGUAUACCAAAGGAACAAGACCUCUGUCCACUUGAACUUUUUAAGGAUGCGACUAGGGGAAUCUUUCAAGCGCCUUUCCAGAUACAUAAAUCUCUAUUUCAGGCAGAAAGAUUUGUCAGUGUCUCCUGGUUUUGGGCAAACAAGUUUUGUAGUCCAUGAGCCCCUCUACAGAGUACGGCAUCGCACUCAAAGUUUGAGGGCACUAAAGGAGAGAGGAUCUAUUGAAGACAGCAGAUCAAAAGAGUCUGUGAAACUUAAACAAGUUCCAGAAACAUCAGAAAAGCAGUUUGAGGAGAAAACUUGGCAGCAGACAUAUUCUGGAUUACAGUUAUUUCACAUUAGUUCACUAGCAACUAGGUUUGGUGAGAGCUAUAGCUAUGUGGCCAAUCAUAUUAACUCUGUAUUCUCAAAAGGGCCAACACAUCAAGUCCAAACUGAUGUGCCUUUGGAAGGUGCUGUGUCUAAAAGGAGGAGUCUUAGGAGGAGAAAACAGAGAAUAGCUUGCAGUUAUAUUAACAGAGAUAGAGAAACUGAGCCAACUCACCUGAACACAAAUCAAAAUGCAGCACAGAGCAAAAAUGAGGACAUAAGCUCUUGGGAUGAGGGAUACCUUCACUUUGCCCGACACAUCAAUCAAUAUUUUGGUGCGAAGGUGUCACAUAUCGAUGAGGUAUCCCCUCAACAAAACAGCUCUCACUCACACAGCUUGUCUGGCUCUGUGACACAUCAGCCAACGUCAUCGAUGUCUGUGGACAGGUCUGCCUUUGAAAACAAACAAGGCUCAACACCCAUCCACCCUAAAACUCCUGGCCUGUUUCACCUGAGCAAUCUCACAACAAGAUUUGGGGAAAACUACACGUAUAUGGCCAACCAUAUUAACCAGUAUUUUAAAGGCGAAGAUGCUAUUGAUGAGGUUGAGAGGGAUGCUUAUGAAGAAGGGAUUGGACCCAGUGUCAAGGCAGAGAAGCCAAGGACUUUUCUUGAAUAUCUCGUAAAUUCAACAGCUGUAAUCCCAAACCUAGUGGGCAGUUAUCUAGGAGUAGGUCCUAAAAGCCAUAGCAACCAAUCGACAGCUGCAGCAAGGCUCUCAGAGGCCAUAUUGACAGGGGAGUUUGUAGGAAGAAGGCAGGCAGAGGAGAUGACCAGAGUGCUACUUGGAAGGCUUGAAAAAACAAAAGCACUGUCUGCCAUCACUGCGUGUAUUGAGGAGCUGAAUAGAAAUCUCAUCCUGCACCCAGCAUGCAAAGCGGUGGUCUGGCAGGAAAACUCUGUGGCGAGACUCUUGAGACUUCGACGCAGUUAUGGAAUUGACCAGAAACUCCAGAGAGCCUUAAGAGAAACUCUAGCACUGAUUGGUUAUCCAGAUCCUGUGAAGGGACGAGGAAUAAGAGUGCUGUCAAUAGAUGGAGGAGGCACAAGGGGAGUUGUGCCACUUCAGGUGUUGCGGCUGCUGGAGGCCCAAACAGGCAAACGGGUCCAUCAGCUCUUUGAUUACAUCUGUGGUGUGAGCACAGGUGCAGUCCUUGCCUUCAUGCUGGGCUUGACUCGGAUCUCCCUAGAGGAAUGUGAGGACUUGUAUCGGCGCUUUGGUUCUGAUGUUUUUCGACAGAAUCCACUUGUGGGCACAGUGAAGAUGGGCUUGACUCACUCCUACUACAAUACAGAGACUUGGGAGAUGAUACUGAAAGAGAAGAUGGGUGACCAAGUGUUGAUCAAAACAGCCGGAGAUGAGUUAAGCCCUAAGGUUUCAGCUGUGAGUGCGGUGGUGAACUGGGGGACCAGCCCGAAGGCUUUUAUCUUCAGGAACUAUAACCAUGCUCCAGGAAAGCUCAGCCGCUAUGCAGGUGGCUCUGGGUACCAGCUAUGGCAGGCUAUACGUGCUUCAUCUGCUGCACCAGGAUACUUCCAAGAAUAUACCCUUCAUAGUGACAUACAUCAGGAUGGUGGUCUCCUCCUCAAUAAUCCCUGUGCCCUUGCUGUCCAUGAGUGUCGUCUGCUCUGGCCUCGUCAGCCUUUCCAGUGCGUGCUAUCACUUGGGACCGCAGUUGAAAUUCCACUGGACAUCAGACAACCUCCCACCAUAAUCAAACAGUCUGUUAAGGACCACAUUGUAGAGCCAGUGGAUCCCAUUAUUGUGGAGUGUGAAGCAACAGGAAACCCAAAACCAGUAUUUACAUGGACAAAAGAUGGAAAGUUUCUCAAUGUUGCGAGGGAUCCUCAGGUGACAAUGCGGAGGCGGUCCGGCACUCUUGAGAUCUUUUUCUGGGGACGUCCUCAAGAUUACGAGGGUGUAUACCAGUGUACAGCCUCAAACGAGUAUGGGUCUGCUCUGUCCAAUAAGAUUCAUCUACGAGUCUCCAAGGCUCGAACAUGGCUUAAAGAGUUCCUGGAGCCUGUGGAUGUGUUUGUGGGACACCCACUGAUAUUGCCCUGUAAUCCUCCAGUUGGACCACCAAAACCUUACACCUACUGGAUGAACAGCUCAAUGAUACCAAUCCGGCAGGAUCGGAGAGUGUCUAUGGCUGAGAAUGGAGACCUGUACUUCUCCAGUGUCACUGCUGAGGAUGCUCUGACCAACUACGUAUGUACGGCACGCUUCCCAUACUCCAACACUAUCCAACAAAAGAGCCCAGUCAUUCUCCAAGUGCUCACAGCACGUAUGGUGGCUCCAAGAUCACCCAAGUUCAUGACCCCUCGAGGAACAUCCAGCACCAAGAUUGCUAUGUUAGGAGAGGAGCUUAUCCUGGAAUGUAUUGCUUCUGGAGUCCCAGCACCUUUCAUCAAGUGGACCAAAGACUGGGAGGAGCUGCCUGUGAAUGGAAUGAAACUAGAAAACUUCAAUAAGACACUGCGCAUUAAGAAAGUUGCUCUAGAUGAUGGAGGAGAUUAUAUCUGCACUGCUUCUAACAGGAUGGGGAGUUUAGAUCACACCAUCACGGUCCGUGUAAAAGCGGCUCCGUUUUGGCUGGAAAAGCCAGAGAACCUUGUACUGGCCAGGGAUGAAAGUGGGCAGAUUGUAUGUCGUGCCGAUGGAGUUCCCAGACCUAAAAUCCGGUGGAUGGUAAACGGAGAGGAUAUUGAGUCCGCCCCACAAAGUCCAGGGAGGCAGGUGUCUGGGGACACUCUGAUCUUCCACUCUGUGGUUCCAGACAGCACUGCAGUGUUCCAGUGCAAUGCUUCAAACCAGUAUGGCUAUCUUCUGGCUAACGCCUUUCUCACUGUUGUUGAUGUAAAGGCACGACUGCUGGGCUUCAGAAACCAGUUGGUCAAAGUAACAGAAGGUAGUCGGACUCUUCUCGACUGUCCUUUUUUUGGAUCUCCAAAACCUGAGUUGCGCUGGUCCAAGGGUGGACUAGGUACGCUGGAAGGAGGUCAUUACAAAGUGUUCCCCAAUGGAACUCUGGAGAUUAAAAGAACUAAGAUUCAGGAUCAGGGCACCUAUGUCUGUAUAGCCAGUAAUGUCAUAGGAAGAGACGAAGGUCAGAUUGAAUUGGAGGUUAAAGAGCCAACAAAAAUCAUGCGUGGGCCACACAAUGUGGUGGCCAUCCGAGGGAGUCUGGCUCGUUUUGAGUGUAAGUUCAAACAUGACCCAACCCUGCCGGCCACAGUCACAUGGCUGAAGGACAAGAAGUUCCUCAUCAUGGGCAGGAGAAUGACGCGGGACGAUGAUGGGCUAAGCAUUGCAGAUGUCUAUAGAAAAGACGAAGGCACCUACACAUGCUCUGUUAAGACUGAGCUGGAGGAGAAAACUGCCUCUGCUCGACUAACUGUGAUGGACAGACCUGAUCCUCCUACAGAUCUGGAGCUGUCAGAUCCUUCAGAGAGGAAUGUGAGACUCACCUGGACUCCAGGACCAAACAAUCAUAGCCCUAUUAAAGAGUUUCUGGUCCAGGCUUCAGAGGAUAUCCUUGCUGACUAUUGGUUGCUGCCUAGUGGCUGGAAAAAUUUGUCCAUUUAUCCAGGCAACCUUAACUCUGUCAUCCUGCAGCUUUCCCCUUUUACUGACUAUCAGUUCCGAGUCAUUGCCAUCAAUGCUAUUGGUCCAAGUCGACCAAGCAAACCAUCAGUGCAUUACCAAACAGGUGGAGCAGUGCCUGAUGCCAUUCCAAAAAACAUCAGAGGACUGGGAUACGGACUGUGGAAAAACAACAUGGAGAUCAGUUGGGAGCCUAUAGAGUAUAGGGAGUGGAAUGGCCCUAACCUUCGCUAUAUGGUGUGGUGGCGUCGGAGAGAUUCACGAGAGGAGUGGAAAAACAUCACCACCAAAUGGCUCAGUCACAUCAUCUACGAUACAGACACAUUUACCCCAUAUGAAAUCAAAGUCCAAGCAAUCAACGAUUUUGGCUAUGGCCCUGAGUCCCCUGUUGUCAUUGGCUACUCUGGAGAAGACCGACCUUCAGCGGCUCCCACUGAACUAAGGGUUUCAGACAUUGAAAGCACGAAAUUAACAGUGCACUGGCACCCUGUAGCACACAGCAGUAUUAUGGGAGAACUGAAGGAGUACAAGGUGUACUACUGGAGGGAGAGCAGUCGUCUGCCAUGGCACAGAGUGAGCCGGAGGACAAAAUCCAAGAGUUUCAAAGCCUCUGGCCCACGCCUCUCUGGUGUUCUGACUGGCUUAAUUCCGUACAGUAACUACAGAAUGUACAUUGUGGUGGCCAACAAUCGCUUUGAGGGUCCCCCUAGCACUACCAUUGAGUUCCAGACACUAGAGGGAGUGCCAUCCAUUCCAAGAUCCUUUAGGAUUAUGCACAGGCAUUAUGACAUCAUCUACCUGGAGUGGGAGGAGCCAGCUGAACCAAACGGCAUUUUGACUGGAUACAUACUGAAGUAUCAGACAUUGAAUGCUACCCAGGCUGAAAGCCUGCAGGUUGAAUACUUGCCCCCCAACGUUACCAGUUAUUCAAUGCGCCGCUUCGACCGAUACACACGCUACAAGUUCUCCCUGGCAGCACAAACACAGGUUGGGGUAGGAGAAGCAUACACAGAAGAAUCACCUCAUUUUACAACUGAAGAGUACACAAGGGAUCAAGUGGACCUUGCUACACAGGGCUGGUUCAUUGGUCUGAUGUGUGCCAUCGCUCUCCUAGUGCUUAUCAUGCUUAUUGUCUUUUUCAUCAAGAGAAGCCGUGGAGGCAAAUACCCAGUCCGGGAUAAGAAAGACCUUGCACUGGAACCGGUUGAUGAGAAAGAGGAAGGAUCUUUCGACUACAGGUCUCUUGAGAGGAUAACUCGGGUCUCUACUCUACCAUACACCAGACGGGAGGAGGACAGCAGGCAGGGGAGAGGCCAGGGCCCUGUGGAACACAGCACUAGGAGAACAGAGAGCGACGACAGUCUAAUGGACUACGGUGAUGAAGAGGAGGCUGAAUUCAAUGAGGACGGCUCAUUUAUUGGCCAGUACACGGGCACCAGCAAAAAAGAUAAGGAAGAGAAUGAAUACCGUGUGAGUUCUGAAGCUACAUCCCCUGUAAAUGCCAUGUAUUCUCUGGCAUAG